GAUGUGUUGUCUUCUAGUCCCAUCACUUCCCCUAAACACAGUGAAUCUAUCAAUGUUCUUUCCAUAUCCCCUCCAGCAUUAUCACCUAUUGCAAGUGCUAAGUAUGAUUCAGGUGGCCCUACAUCUCCUAUUGAACAGUAUGAAAAGGGAAAUUGCUUCCAGUCGUGUGGUGAUAAUUCUGUAGUUUCAAUGUGUACUGUAUCUGAAAAUGCCAUGAGCUUUUGUGUGGAUUCUCAGGACACAUUUCCCAAUCCGUCAAAUGGUUCUGAGCGGCAAGAUACUGGUUACGUCACAGGUAGCAUCACCUCGUCCCACAGUGGACUGAUAUCAGACGAAAAUUAUGUUCAGUUUUCUAGAAUAACUCCAAUAAUGGAACUUGUGGAUGAAUGUGAUAUUUCAAAUUCCGGUUCCAUUGAUAAUAUGUCGUAUGUGAAUAACUGUGCUCCAUCUUCUUCUGACUUUUUAAAAGGAACUGAUCCAAAUUCAUGCAAUUUUAAAUCAUUGUCUAGAAUGCCAAAUUGCUGUUCUACUCCUACAGCAUCUGCUGAAUGGUGAUAUAUAUAAAAAAAUUUGACCUCAAGACUAGUAGACUAGACAGAAAUAACACAUUUUAUUUAACAAUGACUAGAUUACUGCCAAAAAUAAAACAUAUCAAAGAAAAGUAACAGCUUGAAAUUUUGUAUAUUUUUUCAUUCAAAUCUGUCUUAUAUUGAGCAUAAAAUAGCAAUUCUGAAAAAUUCUUGUAUAUUUCUAUUUAUCUGCUAUUUGUUUCUAAUGGAAUAUUUUGAUGAAUAAAGUGGCUUUAUGAUCACAAAAAUCUUGUACAAGUUGCUCAAUAUUCCAGUAAUAUAAAUAUUAGUAAUAGGGAUGAUUAAUUUUUUAUAUUGUACUUUUUUAAUGUGAUGUCUUUGUUAUUUUGAUGUAAAGAAAUAAUUGUAUAGCAGUAAGAGAUUUAAAUAUUUAUAGUAAGAAAUUUAAAUGCCAAUUUAAGAUAAUUGGUAAAUUUCAAGAACUAAUAAUUAUAUAUCCUUGCACAAAUUUUUCUUCAGGAUUUACGUAUAAAUUUAUAGCAUCUUUCUCUCCCCCUCCCCCCCAUUUUAAUUGUAUUGUAUUGUACUUUUUUGGGGGGGAACAAUCUGUAUAGUAGAAUUAAUUAUUUUAUGGUACAUAUUUGAUGCAUAGUAUUUGUUAUUCACUUUGAUUUUGUAUUCAUAUUUAUUUAAAAAGAAUGGGUCUGAUAGUUUUAAUAAAUUUUAAGAUCUCAUAAAA